GCCCUCACCACAACAUAAGUGGGCAAGUGGUCACUUCCGCGAACUGCAUGUUCACAUUCUCUACGAUUCCAACACUUUAAUCUCGCUGAAUCUUCCGGUUCAACAGACUGUCGUCCAGGCUCGAAAGUGUGCAACGGAAGCUAGUUGAUUCCGUUGCAUGCGUUCUGCCAAUACCUGCUCUCUCGAUCAAUAUGAACCGGCCUCUCAGCGAGCUCACUCGAGCAGAGUUGAAUCAGAAAUGUCGGAAUUUGAACCUUUCGUUCACCGGCAGCCGUUCAGAUGUCGAAAUGCGUAUUCGCCUUCACCAACAGAGACCGUCAGGCUCGAAGCCCACCUUCCGACAACAACCGCUAGUCUUAACCCCUGCUCCCAAAGUCUGGCAAUUGGGAGCAUCUGAGAAUGUCGAUAUUGACAACGGGGGCAUCGUUAUCAUGAAAAAGGAAAGGAUGGAUGGAACCACAUUGAACAGCAUGAACGAGAGUAUCAAAGCACGGCUUCGUGUUGUUGCUGUUGCCAGGACAUCAUCAUAUUCUGGUAGCGAUACAAGAGCGACAAUUGAAGCCCGUCUUCGACCACAUGUUGUCGGUCUUGCGAACUUUUUCCUCAACGAAGUGCACCCAAAAAGCCAUGGUAGCGGUCACUGCGAUUGCAUUAUUGACAAGGUUGAGCACAUAGUCCUUCCUGGAGUUCCCUCAAAUACAAAUAUUGCAACGUCGACGAACCGCGACGUUGCACGUCUCCGAGAAGCUCUCCGUGUGCCCUACGACGUCGUUCUCUGCUCUUCAGGAUUCGAUGGGGCUGUUACGAACCUGGCCGCAUAUGCAAACUUCCUGAAAGAGUUGAAAGAAAACAAGACGCGAUUCGCACAUCUGUAUUGGCGAGCAAAUGACGAUUUUCGCUUCUUUACGGCAGACGAGAUCCUAGAGGCUUUGGCCUUCGAUAUGAAGGACGAUGGGCCUACGUCAAUCAUGCGAGAGAACGCGAUGUGGUUUCGGAAUGUGAACAGAGCAGCGCUACAUAAAGGAGUGCUACAGGUGGUAUCGCAGCUCAGUGUCUCGCAUAUAGGCACAUCACGCAACAACACUACUGCAGGAUCUUUACCUGACAGUGCAUCCCACAUCAGCGAUAGUGCUCGAGGAACGAUUACAACGACCUAUGUUCCUAGAGAGAAUCUGUCAAUAAGUACGGUAACGGUGAAAUCAUUCGCUUGCGGUGUCGAAGAUUGUGACAAACGGUUUGCAAACCGCUCAGGCCUGAAUCACCACAAGAAAUGGCAUGAGAAUCCCGACGUCACCUGCAAGCACUGUAAAGAAACGUUGAAGUUUCGGGACCUGUGCGGACACCAGCGUCGACGCUGCACCGCGCAGCCACGGCGAAUUGUCAAAUGCCCUGUCGACGGUUGUGACUAUGAGACCGACCCGUGGCACAUCAAACGUCAUAUGGAUAAGUCGCAUGAUCAAGUCCAGGACGUUUUCGAAUACUCCAAAAAAUUUGACGGCGAUUACACGGCCACUUUCUUUGCGAAAUUGGCCAGCGAGUUCUCCCAGUAAAUGCGCCAGACUGGUUCUUCGGUUCGAUGUUGCUAUGACGGCAACAUGCUUUAUGUUUGAUGC